GUCUGCUCUUUAACGUCUGCCAUCUUGACCAAGGGCUAGUGGCGAGGAGCAGAACUUAGUUACAACGUUAAGUAGUAAAUAAUGGCAUCAGUAGCAAGAAGGAUAAAAGCAUCAUCAAUAAAUUGGGCCGCAAUAGCUGAAAGAGUCCCUGAGAAUCAGAAAUCGCAGUAUUUAGCUUUCAAAGCAAAAUCAGAUGGGUACUUACGAAGGAUGCUUUCUCAACCAGAAGAGCCACCGAAAAUCGACUGGGCGUUUUACAAAACAAGUGUAGCUGUGCCAGGAAUGGUAGAAGAUUUUCAGAAGAAGUACGAUGCAUUGAAAAUACCGUACCCAGCCGAUAAUUUAACCCCACAAAUUGAAGCACAAAAACAAGAAGCCGCAAAAGAGGUAAAGGAGUACAUAAAUGCUUCCAACGCUCGCAUUGCCAGCUACGAGGCAGAGCUGGCGAAAAUCCGGGCUAUGCUUCCGUUCGAGAUGAUGACAAUGGAAGACUUCAGGGAUGCUUAUCCCGAUCAGGCUCUGGACCCCCUGAACAGGCCCACGUUCUGGCCCCACGAGCCGGAGGACCAGCCGGACUACGAGGAGGAGACCCCACAGGCCGAGGCCAAGCACUAGUGCCUUCGUCGACGAUAUUGUAGUGUGUAGCUGGGUACUCAAGCACGUGUGUCCAUGUGAAAACUGUUAGCCUUGUAUAGUUCAAAUAAAGAGAUAAUUCGUUUA